UACUAGAAUUGAUUGAUUUGAUUUUUAUCGAAAGGCGGCUAACCGAGAUUCGAACUAAACUUUAGAUUCACAAAUGUGGAAAGCCAGGUUCUCGAACCAAACCUUAAAAACCUUGGUGAUAUUUUUGUUAUAUUUUUCGAGUCAUCUCUUUAUGUUUCAGUAAAACUAAUAGCUGGCAUAGAAUCUGCAAGCAUGUUUAUCGAUAUUUUGCCAAAAUCUACCGAAUCAGACGCAGCUGAGAAACCACAAGUCGGAUUCGCAAGGGCACGCUGCAGGUUCGUGCCCGCGGAGUAUCGCAAUACACAGAGCCGCUGGCUGAGCCGCUUGCGACCGCGGCAAUCCAGCAGCUCGGUUCAAAUUCAGAGCUGCGAGGGGUCGCCCAGCAAGGUGAAAUGGCAGACACUGGAGCACAAUGGGCCACUCUUUCCAGGCGCCUAUGAGAGACUGCCGGAGAAUGUGCACUUCCUUUACGAUAACUGCCCCAUUGAGCUGACGGAGCAGGCCGAGGAGGUGGCCACAUUCUAUGCCAAGGUGCUGAGGACCCCGUUCGUGGAGCUGUCCGAGUUCAAUGAGAAUUUUUUCGAAGACUUUCGCAGCUGUUUAAGCGUUGAGCAGCGCCUUCACAUCACCAGCUUUGAGCUCUGCAAUUUCGAGAAAAUAAGUCAGCAUUUGGAGGAACAGCAAGAGGCCAGAUCGCAGCAGGAUCUCGAAGAAGACGAACGUUAUGGCUAUUGCUAUAUUGAUGGAGAGCGUCUUCGGGUCAAGCAAUUUCGUAUCAAGCCGCCGGGUUUGUGCUGUCCGCGUAAAGGCUACAGCCUCACCAUGGGCAUGAUCCGACCACGAGUCCUGCCCGAAGAUAUUAUGAUUAAUUGUGAUGAAUACGCGGAUCCGCCGGCGCCGCCACCCGGACACCGCUGGCGUCAGGUGGUGCACGAUCGCAGUGUCACCUGGUUGUACUCCUGGCAUGAUCUCGUCUCGGGCAGCUCACAUUACGUGCGUGCCCGUAUCGAUAAGUCGAAAAGAUACCGUUUGCCUCUUCGAAAUCAGCUAGAAACGGCGCGCCGACUACAGCAGCAUCUGCCCAGCAUUCGUCGCGAGUACCGUCAGCUUUGGUCCUCGGAGCAUUGGCUGGUGCGGCAGCGCAGUGUGGCCCUCUACUGCAUUGACCAGUUGGCCAUGAGCUGCGAGGUCCCAGAGCAGCCGGACAAGGUCACAUUAUGCGAUCUACGCGUGGAGAAUCUGCAGUUGCAUCCGCGUUUGGCUGGCAGAAAGAAUGUGGUCCGAUUGCAGGCCAGAAAGUCGAACCGUCAACGUGUGUAUAGGAGCGUGUGCGUCCAGCCCGAGGUCUUCUACAAUCUGAGGGUCUUUGUCUGCGGCAAAGAGCCGAAUGAUUUGGUACUCGAGGAGCUCACAACUCAGCUGCUGAAUGCGCAUCUCGAAUACCUGAUGGACGGCCUAACCUCGCACAUAUUUUGCAUUUGUAAUGCCUCCCAGUUGCUGGAGCAGCGCUUGAAAGAGAUUCCACGCAAAGCCUCGCUCACCGUGCAGCUGCUGGCCUACAAUCAGGCACUCAAAGAGGUUCACAGCUUUUGCAGUAAUCGCCAGCGGAAUGUUGCCCCGCUGCCCGCCCCGAAGAGCUCCAGGUUAACUCGCCGGAACUGCACCGAGGAGGAGCGCCUACUCAAGGCAAUCAGCCUGCAGACCAAGCCACUCGUUGAGGCUACGCUCAUCUAUUUGGAUCCACGGAUAACCAUUUCUUGGUGCCUGCGUUGCAAAAUCCCCAUCUCUGCCAUCUACAUGAGCUCAGCGAUACGCAAGAAACUCAUCUGGGCCACGAAAUGCACCACUAAACACUUUUGUUUUUGAAUCGAUUCAAAUUGCGUUUAUAUUUUAUAUUUAUAUACAAUUUUAGGUAA